AUGAGCAUCUACCCCGUUCUUUUCUCCAUCCUCGACCACUACCUCCGACGCAAAGAUGACCAAGACCGGGUUAUCGGGACUCUCUUCGGCACGCGCACGGAAACGCACGUCGCGAUCCGGACUUCGUUCGCUGUAUUCCACAGCGAGACGAGCAAGCAGGUUGUGGUGAAUAUGAAUUAUCAUCGAUUAAUGAAGUUAUUGUUGGAUGGGUCUCAUCUCACCAAAUAUCCUGCGUUGAUACAAAAUUUUUACUCGCAAGAGACCGCGCUGUAUCAAGCUGUACAUAUUUCGUUGGAUUCUGGUGUUGAGCUAGGACAGCCUGCUGAUGUUACAGGCUAUAUCAGUUCCCCAGUGGGCAUCUUUACAAAACCCGAAAAUUGCGUGUUUGUUCCCAUCCCCGCCGAACUUAGAUUCGACUUGGACCGAAGCGGAGUCGACCUCCUAACAUUAAUCACUCUCUCUUCCCUCCCUUCCACCUCACCCUCCUCCACCUUAUCCUCCCCAACAACCUCCCUUGAAACCCUCUCCUCCUCCAUUGAGAAUAUUAUCUCUAUGAUCGACCGCGUGCUUACCUACGUCCGCGCCGUGCUCGCCGGCGAAGCUCGAGGUAAUGCAGCAAUUGGGAGGUAUCUCAUGGAUACCUUAGGUGCGAGUACAGAGGGCGAUACAGGCGUCGGUGGGAGUGCUGUGGAGAUGGGUGGGUUCAGUGGAAGGUUACAGGAUACAUUGAUGGUAUCGUAUUUUGGUUAGGGCUCAGGCAGAGGUGUCGUUGAGGUUGGCGUUGGUCAGUGGCGCGUAGCGGUAGAGUUGCGUAUAUUCAUCUCACCACAUAUAUUCUUGUAUUCAAUACGGCAUAGUAUAGGCUUCAUUCAUUG